CUCUUUCUUUCCCUUCGGAUGCUCUACCUGCCAACAAUGGUUCCCUCUAAGUUGCUCUGAUGUUCUGCGAUGGACCUCAACAACUUGUCAGCAAACUGGAAGAAGUUGCAGGCGACCCUAGGUACCAAGGCUAACAGCACCCUCACAAAAUCGUCAAAGCAUGGCGUGAAACGCAAAAGGGAAGUCGUCCAGCACAUCGCGACUCACUCUCGCGCAGAGAACCCGAAACCCAGGAAGAGAUCACGCCCCUACACGGUUAUGGCUCUCGAUGGCGACGGUUCCACCGAGCCACUCUCAAUCCAAGAAUUAGAAAGCCGCGAGAACCUUCCCCGUCCACGUCUUCCCGCUCGUUCAUCGUCGCAAAAGGUCAACACUGGGCUGUCUCCCGAAGUAGAAAUCGGCAGGUACGUCGCUCUCGAUUGCGAGAUGGUCGGCGUUGGACCGAACCCGGACAGAGAAUCCGCACUCGCUCGUGUCAGCAUCGUCAAUUACAAUGGCGACCAAGUUUACGAUUCCUACGUGCUUCCACUUGAGACCGUCACAGACUACCGAACACAUAUUAGUGGAAUAUCACAAAGUCACAUGAAAUCUGCAAGACAGUUCAAGGAGGUUCAAAUGGAGGUGGUGAAGAUUCUCAAGGACAGAGUCCUAAUCGGACACGCCAUACGGCAUGAUCUAGAAGUAUUGAUGAUCAGCCACCCUCAUCGAGACAUCCGAGAUACUGCUCGCCAUCCGCCGUAUCGAAAACUAGCAGGAGGCGGGUCGCCGCGAUUGAAAAUUCUUGCGUCAGAAUUGUUAGGUUUUGAAAUACAACAGGGGGAACAUUCAAGUGUAGAAGAUGCUCGGGCUUGCAUGCUAUUGUUCCGAAAGGACAAAUCUGUUUUCGAACGAGAACAUUCAAAGCGAUGGCCAGCGCAGCCUCCUCCUGAAAGACAGGAGGACGCGGAGGAGCAGAAGAAACCUCGCAAACAUAAGAAAAAGAAGAAGAGAAAGCAUUAACCAGAGCUGCCACUGAUUGAAACGGGCUAUUACGGUUUCUGCUCGGUGCAUGGAACAAUGCGUUGGUAUGUCCUAAUCCGACUUACGGUGCUUCCGUGCUGCUGUCAUGAUCAUGUCGCCCCGACCUUGAUAUCAAAUGUCGCCUCACAAUAAACGAAAGAUAAACGGCAAUUUCACAAGUGAAUAAAACCUGGCUUAUCGUGGAAUUGCUUGCUUCUUCCUGGGACUGCUAACGAUUCAAUUUCAGGAAAGGUGAUAACUCACGCGGUCUUCUCAACAGUCGUAUGGUACAGCCGCCCUUGCUGAUACCACUCUUCAAGGCAUAAUCCGUGGCUUUGGAUUUCAUCACCCUGUCUGACAUCCACAUUCUGUGCGUCCUUCACGGCCCUUUCGCUCGGGAUUUGAGAGAUGUGCUUUCUUCAAGACUGUCUUUGGACGACCGAAUGUGACACCAGUUUUCUC